AUGAACGAAUUAGAAACAAGUUUAUCAUUAUGGGCAAUAUGUUCCAUUUUAAUAUUUGAACUUUUAAUUCUUAUUUGUUUAUUUCGAUGUUAUUAUAAUCGUAUUAGACCAAAAAAAUUUUAUGUUAAACGUGAAGAAUAUGAAUAUUUACAAGAUAUUAAUAAUAAUAGACAAACAAAAUUUCCAUCAAUUAUUCUUCGUCCACCACAUGCUGAUGAAUUAGCACUUGUUGGUACUAUUCGAGGUCAAAAUCCUAUUAUAUCAUAUAAUAAAGGUAUACAAAAUGCUGCUUUUUAUCCUUAUGAUGAAGAUAAAAAAAUUCCACAAGUAUCAUCAUCAUUAACAUCAUCAUCAUCAUCAUCAUCAACAUCUCAAAAUUGUUUUGAUUUACAAUUACCUAUAAUAAAUACAGCACAAUUAUCAUCAACUGAUUAUGAAAUUAAUUCUUAUUCAAUAGAUAAUUAUACUUAUAGACAUGCUCCACUUCCUCGUCCAAUUAUUACAAAUUUUCAACAAUAUCAUAAUGAUUAUGUCAAUGAUAAUGUUGAUGAACAUAAUAAUCAAUUAGAAAAUUAUCGAUUUCAAUCUGUUCGACGUUCAGAAAUAAUACAUCCACAAGUACAUCGAAUUGAUACAUCAACUGAAUUUUAUGGUAUUAAAUAUUCAAAUAUUGUACCAAAAUCUAUUCUUAAAAGUACUACAAGUUUAACACCACCAAAUGAUUUUCUUUCAAAUUCAUAUAUACAAAGAAAAACUAGUUCUAUAUCAUCAAAUUCUGAUGAAUCAUUAGAAAAUUCAAUUGAAAAAAAAAUUUCAAAUGAACAAAUUUUUUCAUCAAAUUUACCAUUCUCAACAAAUUAUAGAAUGAAAUUUGCUAAUGUUAAUCAUUUAAAUAAUAUUGAAUGGGAAAUUCCAAGAGAAUUUCAAACUAUUAUUCAUGAAAAUGAAAUAUGUCCAUCUAAUCAUGAACGAACUUCUUCAUCUAUAAUUGAGUCAAAUAUUUCUAUAACACAACGAUGUGAAAUGGAUCGUCCUCAUGCUGAUUAUUUAUCAAAAAAUGAUAUCACACAACAACAAGCAUUUGAAUAUUAA